GAGAGAGAGAGAUAGAUAGAUACAUAUAUAGAGAAAAAAAGAGAGAGAGAGCAGCUGACAAACUGGCUGCCUACCUGCUCGAUCGUACGGGGGGAUAGGCUAUAGAAGCACGCGCGCGCACUCUCGCUGAGCAACAAGACAAUAAACAGCUACAACAAACGAAUUCAGGAGUUCACAAGACGCAAGAGGAGUAAUACUUAUUGACACAACGCCAUCAAAUAGCCAAGAAGUGAAUUUAUAGCCAUGUAUUUAAAUAGGGAAGAGGACGAUAGCAAAGGCUCAGUAACCCUUAGCGUGUUCCUGGUGUCUCUAGCAGUGACAGUGUGUGCUGUUUGGCUGGUGGCUCUGUGUGGCGUCUGUGGCUGGUGUCAACGCAAGCUGGGAAAGAGGAAUAAGCCAGGGGUGGAGACGGCAGGUACUCCAGACUCUGCGCGUGGACGAGGGGAGAAGAAAGCCAUCAAUGAAGGAAAGAUGGUGGUCCUGUCUCUGGCUAUCGGACUGGCUGAGCAGGACGACUUUGCCAAUAUCCCAGAUCUGCAGGAGGCAACCCAGACAGCGCCGGCCAAUCAGGAGCCCCCUCCUGAGAAGAGGGUUGGGGGCAACAAACCAGGCAACAGCCCCAAGGGCCAUCCCCCUGACGCAGACGGCCACUCCUCUGUGACUGAUCUGGCCAACUCCCUUACUGGUGACAUGGUGAUGCUAUCUCCGGGCUCAGACGAUGACCACGAAGGACCAAUCAGUGAAAAGCUGGGCCGGAUCCAGUUCAGUGUGGGCUACAGCUUCCAGGACUCCACCCUCACCGUCAAGGUCCUAAAGGGCCAAGAGCUGCCCGCUAAGGACUUUUCUGGAACCUCUGACCCCUUCGUCAAGCUCUAUCUGCUUCCCGACAAGAAGCACAGGCUGGAGACCAAGGUCAAGAGGAAGAAUCUCAACCCUCAUUGGAACGAAACCUUCCUCUUUGAAGGCUUCCCCUAUGAGAAGGUGAGGGAACGGACCCUGUACCUGCAGGUUCUAGACUACGAUCGCUUCAGCAGGAACGACCCCAUAGGGGAGGUGUCCAUUCCCCUGAACAAGGUGGAGCUGGGCCAUAUGCAGACCUUCUGGAAGGAGCUGAAGCCCUGCAGUGAUGGCAGUGGGAGACGAGGGGACCUGCUGCUGUCCCUGUGCUAUAAUCCCACUGCCAACAUCAUCACUGUGAACAUCAUAAAAGCACGCAAUCUGAAAGCCAUGGAUAUUGGGGGCACCUCAGACCCCUAUGUGAAGGUUUGGCUGAUGCACAAGGACAAGCGCGUGGAGAAAAAGAAGACGGUGACCAUGAAGCGCUGUCUGAACCCCGUCUUCAACGAGUCCUUCCCCUUCGACGUGCCCGCCCACGUUCUGAGGGAAACCACCAUCAUCAUCACCGUCAUGGACAAGGACAGGCUCAGCCGCAACGACGUCAUCGGCAAGAUCUACCUGUCAUGGAAGAGUGGACCAGCAGAGGUGAAGCACUGGAAGGACAUGAUGGGACGGCCGCGUACUAACGUGGCCCAAUGGCACGCCCUCAAGGCCUGAUCGCCUCGCCUACUUUCCUCGACGGCCCCUCCCCCCUCUGUCUCCAAUGUUAACCAGCCCCUACCACCCUCCCCGCAACCCCUGUCCUUAUGCACAAGACUGACUUGCUGCCAGGCUGCGAAACACGGGUACAAUUAGCCAUCCGCUCUCUUAACCUUUAAACUCUAUCUCCUUUCCUAUCUCCUUUGUCCUUCUCCCUCUCCUCCCCUUACUCAGUUUCCUCACCUCCGGCCGGUCUUUCUUUUCAAUGUCUGCCACCUUGCCAAUGGUCCCCUUAUUUCUGACUGUCUGUCUCUCUGUCUAUCUGUCUGACUGUCUGUCCUCAUGCGUUCCCCCUGUGGAUGUCUGAUGUUCUGUUUCUCGUCUCCUUUUUGAAUCCCCUUUAUGAGACCACCUGAUUGAGAACUGCCAUGCAGCCCUCUGCUUGUGUAAGGUGCCAUUUUGGACACUACAAUGAUGUCCCCUGGAAUAGCUCUGCAUCUGAAGUAUAAUAAUGAUGGUAAUGGUAAUCUCAUGUAAUCCUGCAGUAUGAAUACUCCAGGUGGUGAACUGUCCUUAAACCAUAGCGUCCAAUCAGUAACCCCUUCUACUACAGUACCAUCGAUUUAUGUCUAAGGACGUCCUCCAGCCCGUUUUUUAAUCUGUUGGAUUUAUCAGUGUCAUCUCUGUCUUUCUUUUGUACCAUAUUCUUUCCAUCCUCGUUUUGAACUCUCAUUUUCUGGAAAGUGGUUAAAUGUUCAAGCUGAAGUUGUAUAAAGCAAUCAAUACUGUCUGAGAUGACUUACCUGAAGACAGCUUGACGACGAGAAAGGGAAUUGUUGAGACUUCAUAUAGUGGUCUCUUUAUCACUUUUCCCCUGUACUUUUUCUCUCUUUCUCUCGCACAACAUUAGUGAAUUACCCCUUUCUGGACCCCUUGUUGACUCUGUCCUGUGGGUAAUGUGCUGUAGCUCCAACAAAAGUAGAGAUUAUUAAAAAAAAAUGACUAACUGAACUGGGAUGGCGGGAAAACAAUAAACUUCCAUAAACGGAUCGCUCCUGAUUCCCAGAAGAAACCCCUAAAUGUGGAGAGAGAAAAAAUAAGAUAAAAAUCUAAAUACUAUGAUGUCAUUUUUCAUAAAAAAUCAACGACUGAAGAAAAUAUGAUCAAAAUGUUCUUCCAAUGACGAGAAUAAGAAGCGAAAAGCAAGCUUCUUGAGCCGUGCCGCGUGUGUGUGUGUGUGUAUGUUGGGGCUUUUGAUUCUUUGUGCCGCCCUGUGCUCUUGGGGUCGCCCACUCUUGCUAAUGGGAAUGUUCUCCAGCAGGAAUCCUUGAAUUCCGCCUCCAGAUCGGCCUUGAUCUGUGUGGAGCGUGUGGAGGUGUGUUUAUGCCUGUGUUUGGGUGUGUUUAUGCGUGUGCAUUCACAAGUUCACACCAUUCAGACUGCCGCCGAUAUCUUCUCUUUUCUCUUUCUUAUCUGCCGCUUUUGAUCUCUCUUUUUACUGCCAUUGUGUCCCCCUACCAUGUCUCUUUACCCCCCUCCUUCCCUAUGAGGGCACGGGGAGGAGGGGGGAGGGGGGUUAUCUGCACUUUUUGAAAAUGUAAUCAUUGAUAAUGCUAAUAGUUUCACUGAUGAUAAUAAGAACGACAAUGCUGAUAAUAAUGGUGACAAAGGGAGGAGUGUGUGAAGGGGUGAGCAGGACUGUGGGGAGGUCAGGUCUGGCUGGGGCCUGGGGCCUGGAGAUGGAGGGUGAGCAGGACUGUGGGGAGGUCAGGUCUGGCUGGGGCCUGGGGCCUGGAGAUGGAGGGUGAGGAGGACUGUGGGGAGGUCAGGUCUGCCUGGAGCCUGGGGCCUGGAGAUGGAGGGUGAGGAGGACUGUGGGGAGGUCAGGUCUGCCUGGAGCCUGGGGCCUGGAGAUGGAGGGUGAGGAGGACUGUGGGGAGGUCAGGUCUGCCUGGGGCCUGGGGCCUGGAGAUGGAGGGUGAGGAGGACUGUGGGGAGGUCAGGUCUGGCUGGGGCCCGGGGCCUGGAGAUGGAGGGUGAGGAGGACUGUGGGGAGGUCAGGUCUGCCUGGGGCCUGGAGGGUGAGGAGGACUGUGGGGAGGUCAGGUCUGCCUGGGGCCCGGGGCCUGGAGAUGGAGGGUGAGGAGGACUGUGGGGAGGUCAGGUCUGCCUGGGGCCCGGGGCCUGGAGAUGGAGGGUGAGGAGGACAAGGAGGGACACCAGGGCUCUCGACUUCCUCUCUCUGCUCCCCCUCCUUCUCCGACCUGUGUGUGUGUGUGUGAGUGUGUGGGUGUAUACUAGGAUCCUUAAAUUGUGUUUUGGGUUGGUCAGUGUCAGCACGCAAUGUGGCCGCCAACAUCCCAGAGUUCUGCUACGGUAUGGGGUUGUCAUUUGACGAUUGACUCUGUUGGUGUUGUGCCGCAGAGAGAGAGAGAGAGAGAGAGAGAGAGAGAGAGAGAGGGGGGGGGGGGGGGGGGGGAAGACGGAAGGGUGAGCUCAGUGUUUUUUUGUUGUUGAGUGAAGGAAGGCAGCGAAGCGAGGGAUUGUUGUUGUGUACCGAAUCUCCUCCUCCUAGUGAAAACACUAAAGUCGUGACAUCAGGGUGUCAUCAGAGGAGUUGCGCAGUAGCGAGACAGCAGCGGUACAGGACAGCAGGAGCACAGGUAUUGCUUUGUUUACGUGUGUGAGAGAGAGCUCUGGGAGAGGUUCUAGCUCUGCAGGGGGCAUUGUGUCCGUAACCUGGAUACACGGAACCUACAGCCCAGCAACAACAAACUCUAACUACCUUUAUGGAUAACCUACUUGCAAGACAAUGGAUUCUGUGAACAAAUAAACUACAAUACCCAUAACCCUGCUUUAAAUAUGAAAUGAUGACAACAUAUUCCCUUGUAGUCGUUUUUUUAAGUAGCACACAGAUUUAGCCCCGUCCCUCUGAUAUGAAGAUUUGUAAUUGGCCACACAUGACAUUUAAGGGAGCUCAUGCAGGAAUCAACAUCCUGGUCUGCCAACUCAUAUGCCAGCCAGACGUUUGUCUAACAUGCCUCUUCUGGGGAGUUUGAGGGGUGUCAAGCUGAAUCGGUGAGUUCUCCCAUGCCCGUACCCAGCGGUGGAAUUGGCUCUGCCGCAUUGUGCUGACUGGAGGCAGGAGCGCCCGUGCCCUUUGAGUCCCGCACCACAGCAAACAUCCAGGAAAUAUAGCGAGGACAUGAGCCAUAACUGUGACUCCAAUGGCUGAAACGUAAACAAUAGAUGUUUUUUUGUUAUAUACUUUAUAUAAGUUGAAGCUUAGAAAUAGGAUGGAUUCACCAAGUUGCCACUCAGUUAGAGUAAAUAACACUGCUAAGGACAUCGCUCAUUUUGAUCAUGAGUAUGUAGCUUUUUCUGCAAAGUCUUUGUUUCUGUGGUGUGCAUUUCCACUUCCUCUGUGCUCAGCAAAUGAGUGCUCCCCAAAAGCUUUUCUGGGCACACUGUAUCCUGAAAACACCCACGGGUAUAAUUCAUGAGUGGGUCGGACAAUAUUCCACUGACCUUGCUAUGCGUACCCAAUUACAGUUUUCCCAAAUGGAAGUGUAGAGACACAGACUCUUAACAUGCACAGUGUGUGUGUAUGUAUGUGUGUGUAUGUGUGUGUCUAUGUGUGGUCGUGGGUCGCAUGAGUCUGGAGAUGCAUGCUGUAAUCUGCUGAGGUUCUCCAGCACCCUUCAGAACAAUUUGCCGGCUGUGGAACAGGACCCUGUGUUUUGACAACCACUGCCUGGGGUGUCACAGUGCAUUCUUCUCCUAUUAGGCUGUCAGGGCGGAGCGCUUCCUACCCCAGGCCUUGGGGGGUCACAUUAUUUUGGAGAGGUGAUCUCAGCUAAAAAUAAUAUAGAACAAGGGCACACUCUCAUUACUCAUUGGGGAGCAGGGGAGCUCUUGACUGGGGGUAGAUAGAAGUUGCAGAUGCCCAGUGGUUAAGCUACGCAACUCUGAGAUUUGCAUGACCGAUAAAGUGACCUUCAUUUAGAAUGUACCACCAGAGUAAUUGCCACCGGGCUCUCCUUAUUAGGCUACAGCUUGUUUGCAGUUAUUUUGCAGUUCUUUGGCUGCCCUAAAUGACUUGUUGUUUUUCUUAUUCUGUGAUUAUUCUCUUUAUGUCAAAAGGUACGGUGACACAGUAAACAAAGACGGAUGGCUUUCUUUAGCAUUUUGCUGAUUUCGCCCGGUCCUGUAAUGUAUCGUGGUGUAUUCUCCGGCUAACAGCCUGACUACUGUAUGUACAGUACUAGGAACUUGGACAGAAGUAUAGCUGAGAGAGAUAAUAGUGUGGAGAGUGACAGGCCCUCCCCAUAGACUCAGUUGGCGUUGACAUGUUUAUUCACGACGUCCCCCCCUAACUGCAUCGCUGCCCUUCCUGUCCAAAUAACUGAAAGAUUUAUUGGCAGAAGAGGUCACUCCAGUUUGCCAAAAGGAUAUUAUUCUGGGCCUGACUUGGUAGUAUGUCCUUGUCAUACCCUCUGUCCUCAUGUUCUGUCUUUAUCUGUGACACCCCUCCUCCUGAUUGGCCAUCUUCAGGUGAGUGGCCAUGAAUCACUGCUCUGGAGAGGAGCCUGACAACCCUUCCUGGGGGGCAUUAUUGGAUAGGAGGUGUACUGUACUUGUCUGGCGUGACGAUAUACUCUCAGUACACGCUGACUACGGCGGAGCAGUGUGUGUGUUGACUCCAACCUGAUGUGGACCUUCUGUAGUCGUUGCUGGCUCACUGAGGUGUUUGGAAGUUUUGUCAAUUGAUGUGUUUUGUGUUCAGCUGGCGAGACUUGUUGACAUUGAAGUGGAUCUGGGUAUUAACGAACCAAUCAGAGGAUGUGAAUGAGUUUGGGCCAUCUCGGUUAGACACUGCCUCCCCUUGCUCAUCCGUUCAAUUGUUUUAAGCAUCUGGUUGAAGACAACCAAUGUGACUCCUCCCAAUCAGGGUUCAAGUAAGCAUUAUUCUGAAUGAUAACAAAAUGAUUAUGAAAAACAAUAACAAGUAAUAAUAUUUUUUGUUUACAUUUGACUGUUGGUCUGUGUGUGUGUAUGUGUGUGUUUGGUGUCAUUGUGUUGGGUUCAUCUCUUUGCAAAAACAAUUGUGAAAAGAAACCCCUUAUUCUGUUUCCAAUACUUUUUUCUGUAAAUAUUGUUGGUGAAAAAUUAUGAACAUUUGUUGUGUGCCGAGUUUUCAUUUGUCACUUGAAAUGAUGAAGAAAACAUAUAUCCAUGAAAACCCUGGUGUUGACAAAGCUGAUUAUACCUGCCCUUCUUGAACAAGGGCUUUUGAUGUCUGCUGUACUUUUGUUGGAGGUAAAGUAAGGUGGGGGCGAGAGACCAAGGGAGGGAGUGGCAUCCACCCUGCAGCCUUGCCAGAGACACAAACACCACGACCACGCCAACACCAUGUUGACUGUACCUGGUGACACCCGAGUCAACAGACUGCAUUACUUACUGUAAAUGGCUGCUGUGUUGAUCACCACUUGAGGAUUUAUGGCACAUGACAGGGGAGCUCCCAGGGUAUCUAGCUAGAAAGGAAGACAGAGUGAUGGGAGACUAUACCCUCCUCACGCUGCCUCGGAAGCUUGGCUCUGCUUCUCAACCCUGUCAGCUCAUAGGCUGGGGGGGAUUUGCUGUAAUGCCAUUGUGUUAGUGGGGAUUGGCCCUAAAUUGACACUCUAAUAUGAUGCAUUUCCUGUGGAAUUUCCCCUCAUUCAUGGCCGCUCUAGCUCAUGGUGUGCCCUGGUGGUACGCAUGGAGUGGGAUUAGUAUAGUGGAACCAGUAUGUUACAACACAUAACCCUAUAAAGACUAUUUUAAAACAAGCAAUAUGAAUUAUUUUGAAAGUGUGGUUUGUAGGACUGGUACAACUUGGAUUGUGCCACGCCUCCCACCUCCUACGUAAUACAUAAUAAACAAGAACAGCAUAAAAUAUGUUUCAUGCCAUUACCUUCCAACAGAAGCUCCCUCUUCUCUGUCUCUGCCUGCUCGCUGGGGACAUAGAGUGGAAGUCCCAGUUUAUCAGUUCCAACAUGUCCCAGUGCUUGUUUACCAGUCCUGUUUUGAACCCAGAUUUGUACCCGAAGAAGUGAAGAGCAGCACUUCAGUCAUUUGAGCUGCAUACACGUGCGUCUGCAGUUUUUUUCUUCCCAGUGUAGUGACAACCGGUGAACAUGAGAGAGUUUAUCAAUGUAAGUCCGCUUGGAGACACUGCUGGUCCAGACUAGAACACACACACUAUGACCCACACAGCAGCUCCCCCCUGCGCUAUCCUAAAGGAAGGUCAGUGGAGGCAGCCCCUCCCCCUUUCCGUAAUCUCAAUUUUGUGAGCGAGUCCAAGUACACACGAACACGCACAAUGACAAAAUAACUUUGUUGUCAUUAUUAUUAUAAAAUCUGUAGUGGGUUAUGGUAAGGUUUCAGGGAGAAUAACAUCAGCAAAAUAAUGAAUUAGAAAGAACAUUAUGAAGACAUGUACCAUUGCUACAUAGAGGGAGGUGGUAUCAUCCAAUUAACAUUUAAUUAAUGAAUUCAACUUCAAGUGUGUUCCUUCAAGCAUUUGGGAUGUAAAACAUAACACUCCUUUCUCUGCCCUUUCUCUCUCUUACCCUGACCCACCUUCUGAACAAAGAGUGCUCUAACUUUCAACACAAUUGUGAUGUGAACAAUCUGAUUUCAUGUAUUUAUUUAUGUAUUUUUGCCAACUUUGUAUAGUGUAUAAAUAUCUAUAAAUAUAUGAAAAUGACAGUACUGUAUAGAUUUUAGCUGCCUGGUAAAGGUUAAUAGUAUAUACUUGGUAGACUAAAAGAAAAAAAGCGUAUAAAGCCGUUCAAAACCCAGUUAUUGAGAAUAUACGUUCUGUAUAGUCUGGUGCCACCGGUUCUUUUGCAAUUCUAUUUUUAGUUGUUGUUUUUUUUUUGUAUCAUCCAGUGGCAACCAAAGUGUGUGUUAUUUCUUGUUUUUGUUGGUUUGUUGUUUUUUCUUGACAAGACACAGUAAGGUUCUGGCAGCCAGGAGAGUGCAUCGGAACGCAGAAUGGAACCCUGUGGCGUUGUUACUGUGGAGGUCUGUCUGUCUGUUGAUCUGUCUGUCCAUGGUAGUGCUAGUGCUCGUUACAGCUGCUUGUACCUCACCCUUAGUUCUCACUAGUGCUAGUCCUGUCAUGUGAUGCAACAAAUGUUAAUACGUGGGUUCACUGUGUGCUGAAGCUGACAGAUGCUCUCUCUCACUCUCUGUCCUCCUCCUGUCCGUCCUACUCCUGUAUAAUCCCACCCAGUUCAGUAUAGAUUUACACCUUGUACGUCUCACUGGUCAUUUGUUCUCCCACUGAACUGUAACUAAACAUAUAUUGCAGUAGUCCUAGCUCAUUAUUGACUAAUCCAUGCUUUCUCAUCUGUGUUUGACCCCAUACAUCCUUUGACACUUCCUUGUUGCCUCCCUUCCUCAUCCAUAGCCUGGGAUUAGAACCCUAUCCAUUAUGAUUCGCAGCACACAAUGAGGGCCCACGCAUUCUCUGACAACAUGCGCCAGAGAAUGAUUAAGUAUAUGGAACUAUUUACACUGGGAAAAAGUUGAACUUAACAUCACAGCAGGUACGUUGUCCAACCUGGUGCCCCCGCCCCAGUGUUUGUCUUACCCAUAUAGGACCCAUAUACCCAUAUAGGACCCAGCCCAAAGCUCUUCAUUACGAUUCUUCUCCACUCUAUUCCCUCCCAGGAGAAAGGCAGCUGUCAGCGCUAUGUGCAUACACAGUAAAAGUGGCCACAACAAGAUGGCAAGUGACCAUUUUUGACUCAAAAUGUCGUGGCGCCCCACGAUCAUUCCCUCAUCAUCUUCUCAUAACAUAACCGUAGCCUUAAUGAUUGGCCCAAUUAUGUCAAAACACUUCAGAGUGGGACCUGUAUUUGCAAUUAAAUAUCACCCUCCUCUUUCAAAUUGCUUACACUGAGCUGUGGUGUGUUGCUUGGUUGUGCUGUACAUAUCAGUGUAGUGGUUUGUCCUUGUCUGUGUGGUAGGAUUAGUAUUGGGUUCUUGCUGGGCUGGCCCCAUAGACUUCCUCCCCCCUUCUUCGUCUCCACAUUUUCAACAAACAACAAACUUCAAACAUUCCAUUCAGUAACGAGAACCAUGUAGAGGCGUUUGGGCUUUACACAGAUGGGGGAGGAAGCUGGACCACAGCCAUACAUCGCCACGGUGAUGAUAAUGAACACACCUUGUUGUGUUCAUCCCCGUUCCCUUCUGUCAUCCUUAUGACAGGCAAACUCAGAGGAGCCGUAGACACGCCUCUCUGGUCCUCUGACCCCGCCCUUGCCCUGACCUCAUUGGCCCCGCAAGGCCACUGUGUCACCUGGUUUGGAGGGUCAGGGGUGAGGUAGGGGUGCGAGAGCCCUGGGAAAGGAGGAUGCAGAGAGGCCUGUCCCCAUGGCGACAUCCUUCGACAGGAAGGGGGUGUGGGAAAACAUCUUGAGGUCAAGCCCGGUAGCACUUUGGUUUUGCGUUCCAUGUUUUAGAGCCUCUCCUGUUUUUUUGGCCGAGCGGACUGUGAUCUUACUAGUUGAUUUCCCUGUCCACCUACACCCAUCUGUGUGAUUGGGUGAGCUGUGCGGGUGGAGCCAUGGAGCUGAGCUCUGAUUUUGUUCCAUAUUAAAGAAUCAUUUUUA